UAUGCAUAAUGCAUAUAAACCUCUAUUUCCUUCUCUUCUGGGGUUCCAAACUUUCACCGUCUUCACGGUAUUCCUCUCUGUCUGGGGAUCCAGAGUGAUCGGAUUGGAGCAAAGAUCAAUAAACAGAUGAAGAUUCAGUGCGAUGUGUGUGACAAAGAGGAGGCCUCAGUAUUCUGCACCGCAGACGAGGCCGCCUUGUGCGACGCCUGUGACCGCCGAGUUCACCACGCCAACAAGCUUGCCUCUAAACACCAACGUUUUUCCCUUCUCCAUCCUUCCUCUUCGAAACAAGCCCCUCUUUGUGAUAUCUGUCAGGAGAAACGAGCUUUCUUGUUCUGUCAGCAGGACAGAGCAAUUCUAUGCAGAGAUUGUGAUGUUCCAAUUCAUGCGGUAAACGAACAUACCCAGAAACAUAACAGGUUUCUUCUUACAGGAGUUAAACUCUCGGCUACCUCUUCUUUCUAUACAUCCUCCAUCGCUUCCUUAUCCAACGUUGCUGAUUCUGUUCCUGAAUUCAAGUCUCCACUAUUGGUCAAGAACCCUAUCUCUGCUUCUCCAGCAAAUUUCAAUCCACCUUCACUUGCUAAAUCUUCAUCAAUCAGUACAACAACAGCAGUAACAAAUGACAAGAGCACCGGAGAUAACCUUCUAGCAACUGAAGACGGUGGGUCAACAAGUAGCAUAUCUGAGUACUUGAUAGAGAUGCUUCCAGGGUGGCACGUCGAAGAUUUCCUUGAUUCCACUUCACCUCCCCUUGGUUUCCGUAAGAGCGAUGAUUGUAUGUUGUCGUUCCUUGAUGCUGAUUUCGAGAGCAAUAUGAAUGCUUUCUCACCAGAAAGUUUAGGGAUUUGGGUUCCCCAGCCAUCGUCUUCCCUGUAUCCUCAACAUUCUUCACAAACGGGAGGGCAAAUCGGGUUCAAGGAAACAAAGGAAAUCAUGGGGGUGAAAGCUAACAGGAGAUGGACAGAUGAUUCCUUUACAGUACCACAGAUGAGGCCUCAACCCAAGAGAUCUAAGCGUCUCUGGUAGGAUCAGAUGUUGAAAAUGUUGUGUUAUAAGUUUGACAUGGGUUCAACUUCCCAUCUUUAGCUUAUCUUCUCAUUUCUUGCUAAGUUAGAUUUCAGUUUAAUGUUUUCCACUCCCUAAUAAGCCCAGUUUCGUUUAUAGCACUUUCUUCAUUUUCCCC